AUUUCCGUAGGUGGCGGUAAUGCACACCACAAGGUUGCUUGUCAACCGCCAUUAAACAAAAGAAGAAGAAGAAGAAGAAGCAGAAGGUGUGAGAGAAGCAGCCGUGCGAGCUUAUUGUUAGUUAGCUUAGCUCGCUAGUUAGCUUUACUCGUUAGCUGCUAACAGAAGACACAGAAGUUAUCAACACAUCACUAAGUAGAGAUCAAGUGUGAGAGUAAAGUGUUGUGAUUGCGUGAAAAUGUGUAAAUUACAAAUGUUGAGAGCGUUGGUGGAUCAGCGACUAACUGCUGCCGUUGAAAAAAUAUUUGUAGUGUUCGAAAGAACGAUAGCAGAAUACGAGGCGGAACUUUGUAGAACAAAAGAGGAGAACUAUCGACUACUCGACGCCGUUUUCAAGAAACAUCAAGUUGUGUUACGCAGAACAGACCUCACUGAAGAACAUCAUCUCCAUGAGCAGGAGGAGGAACCACAGCCCCUCCACAUUAAAGAGGAAGAAGAGAUAUCCCAUCUCCAACACAUUAAAGAGGAAGCAGAGGAUCCACACUCCCCCCAUAUUAAAGACGGAGCAGCAGAACACAGCAUCAGUCAGGAGGGAGAUCAUAUUGAAGGACUGGUGGAGAUCCCAGUGACUGGUGUCCCUGUGAAGAGUGAGGAUGAUGAGGUCAAAGGUGAAAGUGAGGAGAAGAGAGAGGCGGAGCCUCCAAGCAGCAGCUCAACACAACACAUGACAACAGAAGCUGAUGGAGACCACUGUGGAGGAUCACAAGCAGACAAGCUCUUAGCUCCACUAUCAGAUAGUGAGGACACAACGUCACACUCUCCUGACACUGAUGAUGAAGACUCUAAAGAUGAUAAGACAUGUCACACUGACAACACUCACUUGAAAUGUUCUCACUGUGACAAAACCUUUAAAUACCAUUGUCAUCUGAAAAGACACAUGAGAAUACACACUAGAGAAAAACCUUUUCCUUGUUCAAUCUGUGGCUUAUCUUUUACAAGGAAGAACAAUAUGAAAGAGCACACAAGAACACACAAAGGGGAAAAACCUUUUUCGUGUUCUGUGUGUGAUUCAAGUGUUUUACGAGGAGAAAAUUUGCAAACCCACAUGAGGACACACACUGGGGAAAAACCUUUUCUUGUUCAAUCUGUGGCUUAUCUUUUGCAAGGAAGGAAAAUAUGAAAGAGCACACAAGAACACACAAAGGGGAAAAAACUUUUUCGUGUUCUGUGUGUGAUUUAAGGUAUGCACGAAGUCGAGAUUUGAAAAAACACCUAAAAAGACACACUGGGGAAAACCUU